AUGACUUCUCCAACUAGUAGUCUUCAUUUUUGUUAUCUCUUGCUUCUACUUCUACUUCUUCUUCCUCUUCUUCCCACUGUUUUCACCUUCACCAAAGACGACUGUCAAACAUGGCUGAAAUCCCCUGCACUAAGUGCACAGGAUGAAUCUCCACCAUGGCUGUCGCCUUCAGGUGAAUUUGCUUUGGGAUUCCGUUCUGUUGAUAUAAGCAAUGAGAAACACUUCUUGCUUGCUGUCUGGUUUGAUAAAAUAAAAGAUCAAACAAUAGUUUGGUCUGCAAAAGGCAAUAAACCAGCACCCCCAUCUUCUCAAUUUAAGCUGACAAGCAAUGGUGAGUUUGUGCUCGAUGAUCCUCAAGGCAACACGUUAUGGAAGCCUAAAACGAAUGGAAGCAAAUCCACAUGUGCAGCUAUGCUGGACAAUGGGAACUUUGUGAUUCUAGACGAGAAUUAUAGUCCCAUAUGGGAGAGCUUCAAAGAGCCCACUGACACAAUUUUGCCAGGUCAGAUUCUGGGCAUGCCUAGCACCCUCAGGGCUCGACAGUCCGAGACAGAUUAUGCCGAUGGGGGCUUCGAGCUCUGUUUGCAGGUGGACGGCAAUCUUGUGCUCAAUCUUGCAUCUGGAAAUUUUCGUAGCCCUUAUUGGGCUACCAUGACAAUGAACUGGAAAUCACAGUUGGUGUUUGAUGAGGCCGGCGAAAUUUACAUCAAAGAUUCGAACACAUCUGCCAAAUACAGCCUUACCAGAGAAGACCCAGGUUCAAGCCAAAAGUAUUACCAUAUUGCCAGACUCGAUCAAAAUGGAGUUUUCAAAUUAUCCAAACACCUCAGAAAUGAGAACAAGGCAGGUGAUGGAAGCUGCAGUUCCUGGCGUGACGUGCAAGAGAUUCCUGAUGAUAUUUGUAUGACAGGCGUCAAUAAUCAUAAUGGCGUUGGGUGGUGUGGGUAUAACAGCAUUUGUGAAAAAAUCAGUAAAGGCCCGGCAUUUUGCCGCUGUCCUGAUAGAUUCUCUUUUCUGAACCCAUCUGACCCCUCAAAAGGCUGCAAACCAGAUUUUCCUCUGCCCAGCUGCCAGCCUAAUGGAUGGGAAGCAGAGAAAGAGCAAGUAGAUUUUAUAGAACUUGACAACGUCGACUGGCCGCUCUCUGAUUACGAUCUUCAUGAAGGCCAUGGGGUUGACAGGGCGAGGUGUCAACAACUAUGCCUCGAUGAUUGCUUCUGUUCAGCAGCCGUGCAUGAAGAAGAAGGUGGGCUUUGUUGGAGUAAGAAGUUUCCAAUGUCCAAUGGAAGAAGCAGCCCAAAUAUCACCAAAAUAUUUCUCCUCAAGGUACCUAAAGCUAAAGGUAGUAGUGUUACAAAAAAGAAAGACAAGUCGAAUCUGGUGCUUGUCUUGGCACUACUCCUUGGCAGCUCCACUUUCCUCAAUAUCCUUCUCUUGAUAGCUAUUUCUGCAGCUCUUUUCUACUUGUACCGUAUAAAGCUGAAUUGGGCAAGAAAUGCAACCACAUCUGCCACAAACAUGAGAAGCUAUACAUAUGAAGAGCUUGAUAAAGCAACUGGUGGGUUCAAGCAAACAUUGGGUAGAGGAGCUUUCGGAACGGUUUACAAAGGGGUCAUCGCAUCAGAUCCGAAGAGAUUUGUCGCAAUCAAGAAGUUAGAAAAAGUUGCAGGCGAAGGGGAGAAGGAGUUCAAAACAGAGGUGAGCGUGAUAUGCCAGACCCACCACAAGAAUUUAGUCCGGUUGCUUGGCUAUUGUGAUGAGGGGGAGCAUCGGCUUCUGGUGUACGAGUACAUGGGCAAUGGCUCUCUAGCUAGCUUUCUUUUCGGGAUAUCCAGACCUCAUUGGAACCAAAGAGUGCAGAUUGCUUUUGGAAUUGCAAGAGGUUUGAUGUACUUGCAUGAAGAGUGCAGCACCCAGAUCAUCCACUGUGACAUAAAGCCUCAAAACAUACUCUUGGAUGAGUAUUUCACUCCUAGGAUUUCUGAUUUUGGAUUGGCAAAGCUUCUGUUGGCCGACCAAACUGGAACACAUACACAAAGAAGAGGGACUAUUGGGUACUUUGCACCAGAAUGGUUCAGUAAAGCAUCCAUUUCGGUUAAGGUUGAUGUUUACAGCUUUGGUGUGAUGUUGCUUGAGAUCAUUUGCUGCAAGUCUAGUGUAUCAUUUGCAAUGGGAGACGAAGAGGAGGCAUUGAUAGAUUGGGCUUAUGACUGCUACAUUGAAAAAAGACUAGAAAAGUUGGUGGAAAACGAUGAGGAGGCAAGGAAUGACAUGAAGAGGCUAGAGAGGCUAGUUAUUGUGGCAAUUUGGUGCAUUCAAGAGGAUCCUUCGUUACGACCCACGAUGAAAAAGGUUACACACAUGCUUGAGGGGGUGGUUGAUGUUCAUGUGCCCCCACGCCCUUCAUUGUAUACUUCUCCUCCGCCCAUAAUUACUGACAUUUGA